AUGGCGUCGGGGGCCGCCACCACGGCCGUGAAGAUUGGAAUAAUUGGUGGAACUGGCCUGGAUGACCCAGAAAUUUUAGAAGGAAGAACUGAAAAAUAUGUGGAUACUCCAUUUGGCAAGGUUAAUAUCCAGUUGGGUUUGGGUUGGCACACUCAUUACCUCUUCUUUUCUCCUUCCCAUAGGCAUGGGAGGCAGCACACCAUCAUGCCUUCGAAAGUCAACUACCAGGCGAACAUCUGGGCUCUGAAGGAAGAGGGCUGUACACAUAUCAUAGUGACCACAGCUUGCGGCUCCUUGAAGGAGGAGAUUCAGCCUGGGGAUAUUGUCAUUGUCGAUCAGUUCAUUGACAGGACUACCAUAAGGCCUCAGACCUUCUAUGAUGGGAGUCGUUCCUGUGCCAGAGGAGUGUGCCAUAUUCCAAUGGCUGAGCCAUUCUGCCCCAAGACGAGAGAGGUCCUCAUAGAGACUGCUAAGAAGCUAGGACUCCGAUGUCACUCCAAGGGGACAAUGGUCACAAUCGAGGGGCCUCGGUUUAGCUCCAGAGCAGAAAGUUUCAUGUUCCGCACCUGGGGGGCAGAUGUUAUCAAUAUGACUACAGUUCCAGAGGUGGUUCUUGCUAAGGAGGCUGGGAUUUGCUAUGCAAGUAUUGCCAUGGCAACAGAUUACGAUUGCUGGAAGGAGCAUGAGGAAGCGGUUUCAGUAGAUAGGGUCAUAAAGACCCUGAAAGAAAAUGCCAAUAAAGCCAAAAGUUUACUUCUCACUACCAUACCUCAGAUAGGGUCCAUGGAAUGGUCUGAAACCCUCCAUAACCUGAAGAGUAUGGUCCAGUUUUCGGUUUUACUACCAAGACAUUAA